UGGAGGUGUUAUAUUGGUCAAUUUGGCUUUUAAUUCUGCUAGUUUCCGCUUCCUGUUGGCCAUGGAGGUUAAUAUCAAAGAAGCUGUUAAUACGGGACUGGUUAAUGUCGGUAUUACAUUUCUUCCCGUAUUGCAUGGAUUUGAACUAGUUCAAGUUUUUCUGUUGGUAUUUGGACGACUUGAAUAGACGCUUACACCUGUGUUCAUGUCUGGCUUCUAAAGUGGGAGGCGUCACCGCUAUGAUACCUGAUAGCUAGGGUGAAAUCUCAUAGCUAACCUAUUGCUAGCUAGCUUGUUAUCUGUAAACAAAGCCGGCUAGCUACCGUUAAUUUCAGUUGACAGACAACGCCCAGGUACACCUCAACAUAAAACAGCUAUUAGCUAAAUUCUUAAGAUUCUAGGCAGUCACCCGCAUUUGUGUAGCGAGUGUAGUUUGAGGUUGCAGGCCUCUGUGGGAACAAGCUAACUAGCUAGCCAUCGAAUAGCUGUCAUAAUGGAUAAACAGGAAUCUGAUCGAUUGAUAGAGAAAGCAAAGCUGUGCUUGCGGUCAGGGCGGAGAGAAAAAGCCCUUCAACUGUUGUAUGAAGCCCAGAAAAUAUUCCCCAGCACCCGGGCCAGAGUGCUGAUUGAUGCCAUAGUGAGGAAUGGGAGCUCGGCUGCUCCAGAGGAGCCCCACAUACCCCCACCACGUGGCUUCCGAUCAAAUGAAGAGGACGGGGAUGGAGAGGAGGCACGCAGAGGAGCCAGUGAGGAGAAGCAGACCUACACAGAGGAUCAGCGUCAGGGUGUUUUCAGGAUAAAGAAAUGCAAGGACUUCUAUGAGAUCCUGGGCGUUCCUAAAGACGCUAGUGAUGAAGAUCUGAAGAAGGCAUACAGGAAGCUGGCACUGAAGUUCCACCCUGAUAAGAAUUGUGCCCCGGGAGCAACAGAUGCAUUUAAAGCCAUAGGCAAUGCGUAUGCGGUGCUCAGCAACGCUGAGAAGCGUCAUCAGUAUGACCAGUAUGGAGAACAGGCUCCGUCUGAGAGCACCGCCCACGCUCGCCACGGACACUACCGCAACUUCAACAGCGACUUUGAGGCCGACAUCUCCCCUGAGGAACUCUUCAACAUCUUCUUUGGAGGAAGGUUUCCCACAGGCAACAUCCAUGUGUACAGCAACCGAGGAGCCACCUACUCUGACUUCUAUCAGCCUCGUCGGCGACGAGCAUAUGAGAGGCGCGAGGAGGAGGUGGUGGAGAACCGCAGUCAGCAGAACACCUUCACAGCCUUCCUGCAGCUUCUUCCUGUUCUGGUGCUGAUCCUCAUAUCUGUUGUGACCCAACUGAUGGCCACCAACCCUCCUUACGGUCUCUUUUACAAACCGUCCACAGACGACGCAAUCGCCAUCACACUGGAAGUCUCAAGCUAUUGCUCGCCUGAGGGCCAUGGGCCUGGUGGUAUCCCGGGAGACCCAGAACAUGGGUGUUCCCUACUACGUGGACAAGGGCUUCCAGAAGGAGUACCGUGGGGAGUCCCUGGAGGAGCUGGAGAAGACCAUAGAGAGUGACUACAUCGAACACCUGCAGAGCAGCUGCUGGAAGGAGAAACAACAGAAGUCGGACUUGGCGAACCUUGCACAACUGUACCGUGAUGACAGACUGAAGGCGAAGGCUGAGUCUCUGAAGCUGGACAACUGUGACAAGCUGUACCGCUUUGUGGGCCGACAGAGAGGAGAAGGAGGGGCUUAGACAGGAGGGAGGCAUCUCUUUCCAGCUGGGAAUUCUACACUUUACUAAUUUAAUAUGGUUUAUUUAUUUUAUUUAUUCAAUCGGGUCACUUUUUUGAAGAACAUCUCUUCUCUGGAUAGAGCACAGUGGUAGCCAAAGCCCUUUGAUCUGAAACAUUGUGCCUUCUCUCCUCUCGGAUGGAAGAAAGUGGAGGUGCAUGUACUAUGAGUUGCCCACCGUGGCUCUGUGGAUAACAACAUAAAGCCUAGUCUGGCUGGCUCUGGGAUUGUUUUAUUGAUGUACAGUAGGAGCCUUGUUAAUGCUUCCUUACAUUAAGGAAUAUAGGCUUGCAUACAACAUUUGAGAAAAUGGUUGUCUGUUCACACCUACACUUUGUUAGUCACCUGUUUGAAACAUGUUUAGCAUUGCUGCUGGGUUACUCAUUUAUUUCCAUGUUUGUUUCUGUGGCGUGAGUUUAAUUCAGUAUAUUGUGUAGGUCUUGGAAAGAACAUAGCUAGAGCAAUGAGUCACUUUUUAAUUGUAAAGAACAUUUUUAAUUGUGAAGAAAGAAUGCAAGGACUUGAGAACCACUAACUUCUAGAAUAGGUUUUCAGAGACUGAGGCAAACUAGAGCUUCUAUUUGAAAAGACAGAUCUAUAUGGUCUUAAACUGUGAAGAAAAUGUAGAUUUAUCAUGCCUGUUAGAGAAAGUAAGGCCUGAGCUAUAUACUAUAUCUCUACAGCAUUAGAUUCACUUACACUCUAACUGCAGAUUUCUGUUUUAUGUGAAAUGCAUUGAUAUUUUAUUUAACUGUGCUCUAAGACUUUGCCAAACGGCGUUGCCAUAGUUGUACUUGUCCAUUAUUUGGUACUUCUGGUUCAUUCUUAAGCACUUCUUGAUGUCGUUUUAUUUGGAACCUGCUGUCCUAGUCUCUAUUCCCCAAUGCAUGCAGCCCCAUGUUCUGCCAUCUUUUAAAACGAAAUGUAUCCAUGUCACACAUCAGGUGCUCAGUCAAUAGCUGCUACAGUACAACCCUUAAAGGACAUAGAGAAAUCCACUCAUCCUGCCCAUUCAUUUAAUCAACUGUUACUUUACUAAGAGCUUUAAAAUAUUUCUCCAAAUGAACAUUUGUUCAGUAAUCUUUUAAUGCUUGACCUUCCUUUAGUCCGAUCAUAAAUCCAGCAGACGAAGGGUUAACAGCCACACCAGUGGCAGACAGACAGGAUGCGGUUUGGGGCAGUAAUGGAUUACAGAUUAGACCUGAUGCUAACUAGAGACCCAGUUGUCUCUUGGCUGAACUCUGGUGUUGAGUUGUGCUGUCAGAGCAGGUUUUCAGGCUGGUUUAUUAAAAAGUUAAACAAUC